AGACUUUUGGUGCGUUAUGAAGACGUCAGAUCUGCGCUACAGCUGCGAUGGCUGCGAGAUUUCUUUGUCGUAAUUUCUAUUCGAGGAGUUUCUUAGGAAUACGGGGCCUGCCAAACUACUGUCUGUCCUGUUGUGUGAACACAUUACUACAGACUCUCUCUGCCACUUGGGAACUAGUGGAGCUGCUUGACAGGUGGGAUACAGCUCAUUUGAAAGGAAAUGAUGGCUGUAAUGUACCUCUUGAACUGAAAAAGUUUCUUGUUGCUAUGCAAAGUGCGGAGCAUGUUUCACAUCGAGAUUUCCUGCACUGUCUGGACCAAAACGGAGUUCAACUUCAUAUACAACAUGAUGCAGAUGAGGUUUUCCUGUUCAUCCUCAACUUAAUUCAAAAACAAACAGAUGACAAAAUCCUGGCUGAACAGAUCCAGACUUUAUAUAAAAUAUCAGUGGAGACCCAUGUCCAGUGUCUGCAGUGUGACUCAAUCCAAACCAAAGAAAACUACCUGCUCACCCUGCCCCUGCAUGUGAAAGAGGACCACACAUCACUGGAGCAGUGUUUAACAUCAUUCUUUGAGGAACAUGAACUCAGAGGCAUAAACUGCUGCUUCUGUGUUCAAUGCGCAGUCAAGACCCCUUCCAAGCAAGGUGUUCAACUGCUUUCCCUGCCACCAAUACUGUGCAUACAGCUCAAGCGUUACCGUAAUAAUGGCAGAUUUACACAGAAACUUGGUUAUGAGGUGACUUUUCCUGAAACGUUUGACUUAUCUACUACAGUACCCCAUGCUUUCUCCAAAGACUUCAAUCAGCAGCCCUGCAAGUACACUCUAUAUGCAGUAGUGGUGCAUUCAGGGUCUGCAGGUUUUGGUCACUACACGGCUUAUGUUCGUCAUAGAGACACCCAGAGCUGGUACUUCGCUGAUGACAGCCACACUCACCAGGUUUCGUGGAACAAGGUACAGACAUCCUAUGGAGGAGAGCACAGACACACAGCGUACAUGUUGAUGUACAGAAGAACACAAGAAGACAAUAAACACAAGACUGAGAUAAAAUGCAACGAAGGAACACCCAAAUAGGAAAACACAAAUACUUAUGUAUUGUCUUUAUUGUAGUUUAAUGAGAUUUUGAUAACACUAAAUACAUUUGCAAUGGGGAACCAGUAGGUGGUGGUGAAGACUUAAAACAUAGGAUAACUCUUGGCUCUCAGACCACACGCACUGAGAAUGAUUAUGGUUGGUUUAACAGACUGCUUAGUAGUUAAAUAUUCACUGUUUUGGGGGAAAUACCUGCAAUAAGACCCAGUGUCUCUUAUGGUAAAAAAAUAUAUAAAUAAAUAAAGGAAUCACUUAUUUUAGCUAUAGAAAUGUCUCAUCUAGCUCUUCUAUUUUUACUUAAACUAGUAUCCAGUUUUAAUUAAUUUUUUUCACAAAUACUUUCUGUGAGGUGCCUCAUGUAUAAUAUUAUUAGUAAUAAAUGUGUGCAUGGUC